AUGGUCACUUGCUACACCCGGGAUGGAAAUGAGGACCCAACUCGUUUUCCCUGCUCAGCGGACGGGAACCCCGCCCAGUGCUGCGAUGAAGGCGACUACUGUGCCACCAACGGUCUCUGCAUCCGCCCAAGGGACAAUGGCGACGUCGGCUACUUCCAAAACACCUGCACUGACCCGGACUGGAUUGAUGGCUCUGUCCCAACAUGCCCGACCCAGUGUGCCGAUAUUCGCAACGCUGGAAAUGGCGUGACUACCUGCGGCAGCGAGAAAUUCUGCUGCACCGGAUUCAGCGGCUGCGACUGCAACAACUCUACGCAGACCUUCUCCAUGGAAGCUGUCGUUCGGGCCAACACCCAGACCGUUGGACCCGGCAGCCUCCCCACCUCCUCAUCAACACCAACUUCAACCUCCACUCCCUCACCAACAGCCUCCCCAGCGGAAGGCAGCUCCGGCGGGGACAGCAACAACCUCGGCGUCGGCCUGGGUGUCGGGCUAGGCGUGGGAAUCCCACUGGUCGCAGGCGCACUCGUUGCCUUCUGGUUCUUCCGCCGGCGAAAGCGCGCUGCUACGGCAGGGCCCGGUGCGUCAGGGCACACGGAGAACUUCACGCCGACGCCGCAGGAUAAGAGGUUCGCGCAGCAGCAGGCCGGCCCUCCUUUGCCGCCGCAGGAGUUGCCCUCGGACGAACAUGUUCGGACGCGGGGACCUCUUCAGGAGAUGCAGUAG